AUUCCGAAGGGCAGUAGAAGUAAUAGGGUAAUCUAUUAUACAGUCCAGCUCUUUCCCACCAGGAUGUGGCGCUCGGUGGCUCUGCUCCUCUCUGGAUUCUGCGCUCUGAUCCACGUGUCGUUGCAGGGUCCUCACCAGAGGAACCUGCUGAAGAAUCUCCUGAAGGACUACAACCGGAUGGAGCGGCCGGUGGGGAACGACUCGCACCCGCUCACCAUCUACUUCUCCCUCAGUCUGAUACAGAUCAUGGACGUGGAUGAGAAGAACCAGGUGCUGACCUCGAACAUGUGGCUCCAGAUGAGUUGGUACGACCACUAUCUCCAGUGGAACCAGAGCGAACACCCGGGCGUUAAAAACCUCCGCUUCACCACGGAUCAGGUGUGGACGCCGGACAUCCUGCUCUACAACAGUGCAGAUGACGACUUUGACUCCACCUUUAAGACCAACGUCCUGGUCAACUCCAGCGGCUACGCCAAGUAUCUGCCCCCAGGAAUAUUUAUGAGCACAUGCAACGUGGACGUCCGCUGGUUCCCCUUCGACAUCCAGAAAUGCGAGCUGAAGUUCGGCUCCUGGACGUAUGACGGUUGGCUGCUGGACCUUCAAAUGACUGAUGCUGAUAUUUCGGGCUUCAUGCCCAACGGAGAGUGGGACCUAAUCGGGGUUCCCGGCACCAGAAAUGAGGUCUUCUAUGAUUGCUGUAAGGAGCCCUACCCGGACGUCACAUUCGUUAUAACAAUACGCCGGCGAACGCUCUACUACGCCCUGAAUCUGCUCAUCCCCUGUGUGCUGCUUUCUUCAAUGACUCUGCUCAUCUUUGUGCUGCCAGCCGACUCUGGGGAGAAGAUCUCGCUGGGUAUCACUGUGUUGCUGUCUCUCACUGUCUUCAUGUUGCUGGUGGCAGAGAUCAUGCCGGCCACCUCUGACUCCGUCCCUCUUAUAGGUCAAUACUUUGCCAGUAUCAUGAUAAUCGUUGGGAUGUCGGUCAUCGCCACAGUGGUGGUUCUGCAGUAUCAUCACCACGAUCCCAACGGAGGAACCAUGCCAAAAUGGGUGCAGCUGGUCCUGCUGCAGUGGGUAGCAUGGUUCCUGCGUAUGAAGCGACCCGGAGAGAGUGAAGACCCCGAGCGGCCCCCCUGCGCCCCCCAUCUGCGGCGCUGCUCCUCAGGCUCCCAGAGAAGCAGCCUCCCCAACGCCCCGGACCCCGUGCUCCAUCCGCUGCACCCGCAGAACCUGGCUCCUCUCCACCCGGGGCACCUCCACCCGGGACACCCCCACCUCCACUCCCAGGCCAGCGCCAACAACGGGAACCUUCUUUACAUGGGCUACCAGAGCAUGGAGGACCCUUCGAUGCUCGCGGAGCCCCUCCAGAGGAAUAACAUCCCAGUGGGGCCCCCCCGGGUGGCAGGAAGCCCGCCGGCCCACCUGACGUCUCAGUUCUGCAGCUCCCCACCGCCUCCCACCCCCAACAUGGAAGCCGUCGGCUGUCCCAGCACUGUCUCCAGCGGUGGGGGGUUUGGAGGUGGACCAGGAGGACUUGGAGGGGGUUCGACAGCGGGGAUAGGAGACCUCCAGCUGCAGUCUCUCCUGGAGGAGGUGCGUUACAUGGCGGACCGUUACCGGGAGCAGGACGAGGCCGAGAGCACGGCCGACCAGUGGAAGUUCGCCGCCGCUGUGAUCGACCGCCUCUGCCUGGUGGCGUUCAGCGUCUUCAACAUCAUCUGCACCAUUUCCAUCCUCAUGUCUGCUCCCAACUUUGCGACCGCUGUUUCGAAGGACUUUGUUUGA